GCUUGGGUGGUUGGGUGGUUGAGAAUGUCGACGAGUGCACAGGACUGUGUCUGCUCUUUUCAGCUCGUGUUGGCAAGCGGCUCAACCUUGGCGUUUGCAUUCGUCGCGCGCUCGUUCUCUCUCUCUCCCCUCGUGUGAACGAACGACUGCCUUUGCUUCGUUUCGCUCACUCACUCCUUCUCUCCCUUCCCCCGUCUCUUGCACGCACACACACACCUACACUCUCUUUCUCUCUCUGGCUUUAGUAUCUACGGAAGACGAGGCCGCGUCGAGGGUAUUUCCACAACUUUUCAAGCUUGGCGUGGUUUGUCAAACAGCUGGGGUGCGCGAGUUGGAGCGAUGGAUUGGAGCGACAACAAACUGUCUCACUGUGUCCUGCUGUCGUUAAUACCGCGAUUGUCACUGUUUUGACGAUUGUCGUGAGUAAUGAACCUCAUUAUCGUGGAUCCAAUGGAGAGAAACCCCCGAUCUAAUCCUUGAUCAGGAGCCAGAGUUUUUGUUUGUUUGUUUAUUUAUUUUUUCAAUAAUUUUUUUAACAUCUUUUGAGUGGACCGGCAAUUAACUGUACCAGCAGGCGGGCCACGGACGACAAAGUAAGGAGCGAGAGACAAACGGGAGAGAAGCACGCCGCGAGCCGGUUGUCAGGACCACCUGGAGGCUGUGAAACGUGCAGUCGUCGUCUGCACGCGGGAUGGAGAAGUUCUCUACAUGAUCGUCAACACGUGUGUCUUACAUUCUGUCGGCUAAGUGGAGACGGCAGGGAGAGUGACAAGGAGGGAAGCAGGGGGGAGAGAAAAGAGUGCCCACGGAAACAGUCUGUAUUUCUCUGAAAGUUUACUGUUGUGUGUGUGUGACGUCAUCGCUGUACCAUCAUGAGGACGUUACCUGCAGUGUGGCUGGUGUUCCUGGGAACGCUGGCAGUUGCUCUAACGGCGGAUUUACAGGCUGGGAUGCCAAACGUGUGUCCCUACCAAGAUGUGGAGAUGGUGGUUGUAAGACAACCAUGUGUUCAAGCCUUUACGCGCCUCGUGAAAGUAUGGAAGCCCAACUGUGGAUAUACGCAAAACUGGUGUGUGGGCUACGAAAGAAGGACUCACUAUUACACGACAUACAAGGACCAAUACCAGCAGCAACCCGUCACACGGUAUCGUUGUUGUAACGGUUGGCAGCAGAACGACCAGGGAUGCUCAUACCGUCAGUGCAACAACGCCAUGUGCCACAAUGGCGGCCAGUGCAGGGGAGGCUACUACCCGUCCUGCGCCUGUCCCCCGGGUUUCCAAGGUCCACAAUGCCAGUAUGAUGUUAACGAGUGUUCAAACAACAACGGCGGGUGUGAGAGAGAUUGCCAGAACACGGUGGGGUCCUACAAAUGCAGAUGUUCAACAGGAUUUGAGCUUGCAGAGGACAUGAAAGCAUGUGUUGAUGUGGACGAGUGCGUGGACCACAACGGUGGCUGCCAGCACAAAUGUGUCAACACGUACGGAGGAUUCCACUGCGAGUGCCCUAAGGGCCAACGCCUGCAUGCGGACGGCCGCACGUGCAUUUCAGACGACAACAGCACGGACACAGACGACGACUUUAGCACCCUGCCGGCUGAAGAGGAUGUCGUUGUCGCUGGAAGCGCUGGUCAUGCCGGCGUCCUCCCGCAAGGCAACAAAGUGAACUUUGACCAGGACGGCGCUGGACUUCCAGAAAGAAGCCUCACUUCCGCCUACCAGUCCUUCCGCUACACCUUGCAGCUGUACGAUACCCCGAGGCUGGGUUUCGGAUCCACCCCAGACUUGGCCACGUACGCCAAAAACCGCCCUCUAUCGAAUCAAGACGAGAUACUGCUCAGAGGGGCCUCUACAAUUCGGCCUUGGCACAAAAUAAAUCAGCCUGGAGGACCAGACGAUGAUAGUGUGGAGCAGGAACUGAAAGUCUUGCACUUUGACAGGGUGCCAGGGAGCACCGCGCUCACUCCGGACCACGGCGAUACAGCAACGCUCUCUAGCGGCACUGGCUCCAGACCCAGACAGAGCGAGGAGACACUGGAAGAACAGUCUCUCCGGUUAUACAUCGCAAAAUACGAAGCAUGGCUAAAAGCUGUGUCCGGUUGCAGUGUCAGCAAUGGUGGUUGCGAACAUGUUUGUGUUGAUGGUUACAACGGCCACUACCACUGCCGCUGUCGUAGUGGUUACACGCUAGGGGACAACGGCAAAACCUGUCACGAGGCUGAUCCUUGCCGGGAGAACAAUGGCGGCUGUGAGCACAAGUGUGUCAACGACAGAGGGCGCGCCAUCUGCCAGUGUUUCUCCGGAUUCUCUCUGUCGGCGGAUGGCCGGUCCUGCCAAGACAUCAACGAGUGCGAACAGCAGAACGGCAUGUGCCUCCAGACCUGCAUCAAUACCAAAGGUUCCUUCGUCUGCACCUGCACACCCGGGUACCAGCUGGGUGUGGACGGCCGCUCAUGCUACCAGCUGCCACCUGCUAACGACACUAAACCCAGUGACACAGAAAAUGGAAGAAAUGCAACAGGAAUGGACAGAGGCAAGGGAAGAAAGAAACCGAAAUCCAAAAAUAAAAAUAAGUCCAAACAAAAGGAAAAAGGAAUCGAGAUGGAGGUGGUCGACUUCUGCGCCAUCGGCAACGGGGGCUGCGACCACAAGUGUCAGCACUCUCGGGAGGGACCCAUCUGCUCCUGCCGCCGCGGCUACAGCCUGAUGGCCGACGGGAAGGCUUGCAGAGAUAUAAACGAGUGUGAGGAAGGCGAGAAGUGCUGCAGCGACUACUGUAACAACAACCCCGGAGGCUACACGUGUAGUUGUCGUCAAGGUUUCCUCCUCAGCAGGGAUGGAUGUACUUGCGAUGACAUCGACGAGUGUCUGGGCAACAAUGGAGGCUGUGAGCAGAUUUGUGUCAACUCUCAAGGCUCGUUCAGCUGUGUGUGUAACCAAGGUUACACCCUCUCCAUCGACGGCCAGCGGUGCCUGCCCAUGGAGUCUCGCCUGACUGAUCGUGGUCCUCAGAGAGGAGAUCUGCCCAAAAUACGAUUUGAAACCACUCCGAGACCAAUCAUACCUGCAACAGAUCACAACAUUCUGUCGCAAGAACUUUUGGAAACUGAGUCGAAGUACACUUGUAUUCCUGGGACCUUUGGCCCCGACUGCGGGUACAUGUGCACUAACUGCCAGAACGGUGCACAGUGCACCGAAGCGCGGGACGGGUGCGUGUGUCCUGCAGGGUGGCAGGGUACUCUCUGUGACCAACCAUGUUCAGAGGGGACAUUUGGCGAGGGUUGCAACAGAAUGUGCACGCGCAGAUGCCAGAACGGAGGCUCGUGCCAUCCCGUCACUGGCCGUUGUAAAUGUCCGCCCGGGGUAAAAGGUGAAAAUUGCGAGGACGGAUGCCCCCCUGGCUACUACGGCGAAGCUUGCGACAAGCUGUGCCUGCACCAGUGCUCCAGCGGCUACUGCAACCGCAUCUUCGGUAUCUGCGAGUGUCGUCUGGGCUGGUUCGGGCCUUCGUGUAAUCUCCCCUGCCCACCUUUCACCUAUGGUUCCAACUGCAUGGAGCAGUGCAACUGCGUCACCAAGAACUCCAAGGGCUGUAACUCGGAGACAGGAGAAUGUCAGUGCAAGAUCGGUUACCAUGGCGACCGAUGUGAAGACGAGUGUCCGGAAGGUCGCUAUGGUGACGGAUGCCAACAUCGGUGCAGCUGUCCUGUGGGGACCAAGUGUGACCCUAUGAGCGGCUACUGUCUGAGAGACUGUCCAGCAGGGUGGACGGGUUCAAGAUGCAACGAACCAUGUCCACACGGCAAGCAUGGUAAAAACUGCAAACUCAGUUGUAGAUGUCAUGGCAACGCUUGUGACCCUGAGACCGGAAAGUGCGUCUGCGAGCCAGGACGCAUGGGCAAACGAUGUCGGAGGACGUGCCCCGAGGGCAGCUGGGGCAUCAACUGCAAGAACAAGUGCACGUGUGAGAACGGCGCCACGUGCGACACGGUGACCGGUGAAUGUCUGUGUCGAGACGGUUGGUAUGGACCUCACUGUCGAGAAGAGUGCCCUGAAGGCAGGUACGGGCCGCAGUGCCUCAUGCGCUGUAUGUGCGAGAACAACGCAUCCUGCAACCCCGCCGAUGGUCGCUGCACGUGCAAGGCGGGGUGGACUGGACAGAUUUGUGACCGAGCCUGUCCCCCUGGAAUGUACGGAGAGAAUUGUGUCCUACGCUGCAACUGUCUCAACAGUGCCGAGUGUGACCCCGUCACUGGCGAGUGUCUCUGCGCACCCGGAUGGCGGGGAACAAGCUGCGCCCAGCCUUGCCAGGACGAGAUGUACGGACCAGGCUGCAGUCGCAAGUGUCGGUGCCAGAACGGCGCCGAGUGUGACCACAUCAGCGGCGCUUGCACGUGCGCGGCCGGCUGGCGGAGCAUCUACUGUGAAAAGGCAUGCCCGGAAGGCUUCUACGGCAUCGAGUGCCAGAGCAUCUGCAACUGUGGCACGGGCUCCACGUGCGACCACGUGACGGGCAAGUGCGCAUGUCCAGCCGGCUACAUGGGCAUACUGUGCGACCAGCGCUGUCCCCCGGGCACCUGGGGGCAGGACUGCAGGCGGGACUGUGAGUGCGACAACGACGCCAACUGUGAGGCCAUCAGCGGCCAGUGCAUCUGUCCACCCGGCUUCCGCGGGGCCCGAUGUGAAGAGCCGUGUCCACAUGGAACGUAUGGCCAGAACUGUCUGUACCGCUGCUUUUGCAUGCACGACAGCACCUGCAACCACAUCGAUGGCACGUGCAACUGUACCAACGGCUGGAUGGGCGAUGCGUGUGAAAGAGGCUGUGCGUCCGGUCGGUGGGGCCCGAACUGUGCAAUGGAGUGUGAAUGCGUGCACGCCAUGUCAUGUGACAGCACCAACGGUCAGUGUUAUUGUGACGUGGGCUACACAGGUCUGCGCUGCAACCGCACAUGCCCAGUUGGCAGCUACGGGAAAGAUUGCAAGGAAACCUGUAUGUGUGCAAACGACGCGGAAUGCGACCACAAAAGCGGAAAAUGCACGUGUAAAGACGGUUGGGUAGGAGACCGUUGCGAGCGAGCUUGUUCCUUUGGUCUGUACGGCAAGGACUGCAAGGACAGGUGUAACUGCACGCUGGGGGAUCCCUGCUACCACGUGACCGGCCAGUGCUCAUGCCCCGCCGGACUGACCGGAAGUGCCUGCGAAGAAAAAUGCCCCGCCGACACGUUCGGCCUCGACUGUCGCGGAAAGUGUGCCUGCAACCAGAACUCAGUUUGUCACCCUGUCACGGGCGAGUGCGUGUGCAAGCCAGGCUUCAAAGGCAAAAAGUGUACACGCAAAGUCAGGAGGAAAGGAGGAAAACUUAGGAAAGGUAGAAAGGGCAAGGUGAGAAACAAGGCCCUCGCUAUGCUGACAGAGAAGUCUCAGGCUCUGCGAGAACUGGAAGCAGGCGGUUUUCAGCUGGAUUCUUCAGUGAAUUUGGUGAAUUCUGAUCCCGAAGGCUGCUCUGAGGGUUCCUACGGCCCCAACUGCGACCGCGUGUGCAACUGCGAGAAUGAAGGCACGUGUGACGUGUCCACCGGCAACUGCGUCUGUCCGGACGGCUUCGUGGGCCCCACCUGUGGUCAGCGAUGUCCGGAGAACCGUUACGGGGAGAACUGCACGGGUAUCUGCACGUGCCAGAACGGUGCACGCUGCAACAGGUCGGGCAAGUGCAAGUGUCAGCCUGGCUACACAGGAGAAGCCUGCGAAAACACAUGUCCCGAUGGCACCUUUGGCCUCAACUGCGAAGAGAAGUGUCAAUGUAGCCAUGGCAACUGUGACCACGUGACCGGUGCAUGUUCCUGCCAUCUUGGCUGGACCGGCAAAACCUGCUCCGAGGGCUGCCCCCCUGAGAGGUUCGGACCUGACUGCGCGCACUCGUGCAUGUGCAAAAACAACGGCUCCUGCGACUCCGCCAGUGGCUGCUGCAGCUGCACGCCAGGGUUCUACGGCCAGGUGUGCGAGAUAGAGUGUCCUGAAGGCACGCACGGCACCUACUGUACAGAUCGGUGCGACUGUGUGAACGGAGCGAAGUGUGACCCGCGCACCGGGCAGUGCAAGUGUCCCACAGGUCUCACCGGCGACCGCUGCGAGAAAUCAUGUCCGAAAGGUCGCUACGGGAUGAACUGUCGCCAGGAGUGCAGCUGCGGGGAGACCGACUGCGACUCUGUGAGUGGAGAGUGUCUGUGCCAGCCUGGCUUUACUGGAGACCACUGCAUGAAAGCUUGCCCUGAAGGCCGUUUCGGCCCCAACUGUGAAUACCAGUGCAACUGUGAUAACAACGGCUUGUGUGACCCCCAGUCCGGCACUUGCCUUUGUCCUGAAGGAUGGGUUGGAGCUCGCUGCCAGACUGCUGAGAAAGCGAAACACCAAAGCAAGGACAUAUUCCAACGGACCACGACGUGGAGAUAUCCCUUGGGCUGUGAACUACAGCUGAGGCAUCACCUCGCCCCGUCUUGCACGCGAGCUUUCUAGGCAAUCACCUCCCCACCGCGACCCACCCACCCCGGGUGUCGCCAGGAACUGCAGCGACACCUUCACCCACAGCGACACCUUCACCCAUGCACCAGCCUUCGCCGCAGAGGCCUCGCCAGCCGUUACUCGUCACGUGCACACAAGAAGGUGUCACGUGACUGCUGUACGUCAGCGGGUGGGAUCUGACGUGAUUUCCGAGUGCGGACUGCCGAACGUUUUUCCCCACCCCACAUGCGACCUCGAUACGCGAGUGGAAUGACCUUUAGCAAACAGGGACUGCCAACAGACACAAUCGCAUUUUCUCUUUGGAAAAAAAAAAGCGUGUUGAACUACAUAACUGUCGUGGAUUGUGUGCGCGUGUGAUUUGCUGCUCCAGGCGAACAGUGCAUGCUUGCAGGUGACCGUCAGACAAAAGUGAAACUUUGUUGCACGAGAGUGUCACAGACACCUGGUUUUUGUAUUAUUAUUGUUACUAUGACGAUUUGGAAGGUUUCGACUGUUAUACAAAAGUGUUUCCACGCAGUCCGUUACAGCUACACCGGCUACAAUCCUGCAGUAGACUGAUCCGCUGUGUGCUUCUUGUUUUCAGAGUAUGUGACAUAUAUAGCUGCCUGUAGAUAUUCCACAGUUACCUGACUCGCUAUAUAGCACUGCACCCGCCUGCACGGGCUUGUUUCUAUUUACGAUGUUUAGAGCCUGUUAGUGUUUACUCUGGUCGUGACGUGGACAACAAGUCCAUCGCACGACUUGGUAGCAGUAGUCGAAGCCCUGUCUUUGGAAGAAGCUUGUGUGUGAGAGAGAGAGAGAGAGAGGCAGAGAAAGACAGAGAGAGAGAGAAAUAGUGUUUUUAUCUUUGAGGAAGGCAUUGUGAGUUUGUCUCAACAUCACCCAUGCAUCGCUGUGAAGAUAAUCCUGCCAUGAGACGUUUGUUGUGGUUUAUUGUUAAAAGGGUUUUGGCUUGGGAUGUGAUUAACACUUAAAAAAACAAAAAAAAAAAAAAAGGCAGUGGCUACCUAAUAGGUUGACUCUCCCUAUCCCCUCUUCCAUCUCAGUGUUGUUACAAAAUGUCUAAAAGGUUGUGAAACUUAAUAGACUGCAUUCAAAGCUUACGAUUUAAAACAAGGAUGUAGCUGCUUACUUGCUACACUUCUGUGUCUUUUAUGACAUAACAGUUUCUUUCUGUGCUAAAAAUAUGCAAAAUAUGAAGUCAUUGAAAGCUUGAUAUUUUGCCACAAUAUUUAUAGCAGCUGCUUACUGUACUGUGUUACCUGUCUAGCUUCCUUCUAGCACCCUUCCUAAUUUUGGUGUCCAAGAUCUCCAAGAUGAAAAGAUGACUUAUGAUAGGUUGAUGAAAAACUCUUGACUCGACAGUUUUGUUAUAGUUCAUGAAAUACAGUUACCAAACACCUUCCAUUCAAAUUCAUUUUUAUAAGAAACAGAAUUUAAAAUCGGUGUGGUCCCUGAAAGGAUAGCUGUUUGUUUUCUGAAUUAAUCGACGGUAAUGUCGAGGUUUGUGAGGUCAGGUCCUCUCCGAAACUGAAGCAAAACGUCCGUCCCCAUGAUCGCUUUUAUCUUAGCCAAAAGGACGAGAAGCGAGAGACAGGUGGGCUGAGUUGAAACAGUUAGUGGCAGAACAUUUUCUCAUUUCAAAACAUUUGUGGUGUGUGUGUGUGGUCAUUUUGCUUACUUCUUAUUUGUUAUGAUAUGUUAAAAAUUGUAAAGUGUCACACAUCUUGUUUUGUUUUUAAAUUUUCGUUUUGGAUACUGAAAAGUCUACCUUUUUUUCGCCACCAGUGCAAAUUUUCAUUCACUGUGUUAAGAACAGGUGGGUAAGCAGAAGCAGGUGUAUUGUCUACCUCAUUUCUCGUCAGUCAGGAGCGACUCAUCUAUUAAUAGCACCUGUACAAAAGGGAGACAAGCGAUCACCGUCCAGCUCACUCAUUUUUUUUUUUUCUCUUUCAUUUUCGCUCCUUUAAUGUGUCUUGAGUUUUGUUGAUGUUUAUGACGCCUAGUUAUUUUUACUGCUGUUUGGUGUACUGAGCUGUAUAUCCACAAGCAUUUUUUUUUUUUUUGGCAUGUUAACAUAGACUAAUUAUUAACACUGAGGGGGCUCUAAAAAUCGUUUUAAAAUUUCUUAAUUGGUGAAUUGAAACUAUAUUUCCGUUCUGUGCAGAAAUGUUUUGCAUAAGAAAACCCAGUCGAUCUCUGGUUGUCGCCAUCUUUCCAGUUUCCUGGACGUUUGAGGCAUCAGGACAGUAAGCAGAACCCUGAAACUUAUGAUCAAACAUCAACUACCGUAAUGGCAGAAAAAGUCUUUAAUGUGAAUGAUCAUAAAAGUAAGCUUGAUCAGUCUUUGCUCCAUCGUAUUGACUGAAGAGUGGUUUGUAGUUCUUAUCCUCAAGCUGUUAUGUGGGAGGUAUGGGGUGUAGAAUUGCUCAACAUUUUGUCCCCAGCACGCACACUCGCUCUUGUCCUCUACCUGUCCCUCAUUCUCGCAGAGUUAUAGUAUCCCACACUGUCACGUGACUGGGGAGGGUGAUAGAUACGCACACAUUGCUACCUGUUAAUGCCCAGCAAAUUGUUUUCAUAAGAAGACAUUUGAUACUUAAACAUGAAUUCCAAAACUCUGAGCAAAUGAACAGCUUCCUCUUACGAGAUGCAAAGCUUCCCUCCAGGCAUGCGCAGAACGAUGGUUGUCAUGAAAACGUUAGUGUCCCAAGUCUGCAGUCAGUUUGGAACCUGGGUUCCUACAUAAGAGAUUUUAUCUCGUUUCCCGUAGGGAGGAAAACGCCACUGCCCUUUUGAAGCUACUUGAAUCUCACUAACGGAGGGAGUUUUUUUAUAAAUUAUUUUGUUGCUCAGAUUUUAUGGAAUUUAAGAUCAAGUUGCGAAGUAUAUGUAUGUUUAUUUAUGCCGGUGUGUAUUUAAGUAGCUACUUAUCAAAAGGUAAAAGUAUUGCAUGUAGAGCAAUAAAAAGAAUCAACAAUGGAAGGCGUAGUUACAAAAAAAUUAUAUAAAUACCAGGAAUGCAUGUUCUGUCUGGAUUCUCAGACCUGUAAGUUUGUUUUUUUUUUUUUUCUUUUUUUGCUUGUUUUGAUUUUGUUAACCCUCUUAUAUUUUCUGGAUUCGAUGAACGUAAAAACGUUCUCUAGUUCAGAAAUAAUGACAACCUGUUCUUGGAGCAACACAUAAUCUUCUUGAGCAUUUAUAUCGAGUGUUCAUUUUGUAUGAAAAUUGAACCAAAUUAUCAGUUCCAGAGACCUUAUUGUUUAUUGAUAUAAUGCUUCUUAUAGAAAACAUUAAAGAAUUAGUGCCUACCCAUUCCCCUUUAUUGUUUUAUCGAGUGUCCAGUAGUGUUGCAUGUGCUUUGUUGCCCCACCACCACCUAUCCGCUCUCCCACCCUCUCUUUGUCUCCUUCGACUCAUCCCCUCAGGUAAACAAUUCAGUCUUCUCCCAGCUGGAGCAGGUGUGUGUGUUGACCAGUGGGGACGAGGUGGUAGUGGUGAUGGGGGGGGGGUCUAUCAUGUGAUUGUCAUGGAAACCAGUCUCGACGCACAAGACUGAAAAUCCCGCAACGUUUCAUUUUGUAGAAAAAUUUUAAUGAAGAAAUCGAUCUGAACAUGAAUAGCUUGCUUAAAGAAAUAGAAAUCGAUGAAUUAUUGCUAAGUCUUACAUCUCUACUUCAGAAUCACUAGUCCAGAAACGAUUUUCUAGCAGGGGAUAGAAGUGUGAAAGUUGUCUUAAGACUGACGACUGUAAACAUUGUACAGCCUGUGUCCGGAGUUCGUCUGCAAAUGAACUUAUCUUUGGUGAAGAUCUUUGAACAUCGAUUCAGUUGUUCAGAGAAUCUGGGUCCUUCAGGCAUGCCAACUGACAAUGAGAAGCGAUAGCAUGAAUGCGUUUGUUUGAACAUUUCGUAGUCUAUUGACUCCCCAACACUUAGGCGUGCGUCCGAUUUCUUGCACUAUGCACUCAUUAAACGUCCGUUUAAUUGCAUGGUUUUUUUUCCAAGAUCUCCUGCUUUGAGUGGUUUGGAUGUUAUUUCAUGUCGUGUAGUGAAACUGUGUCUUGCAAAGGAAAUAUAUGAGUUUUGUGUGAUAAUCACAAACACUACUCCACCCCUGCCAUAACUAAUUGUUGUUGGCUCCAUUAGCUUUCUUUACAUUCUUCGUCGCAUGAAACAUUUGCUAAUGUUUUCUUGUGUGUUCUACAACGGCACUUGGAACAGAAAAAAAUAACACGCUUCUGGGUGGUUGUGUUUUUUCUUUGAUGAUGGGUCACCAGAAAGCCCACUUGAUAACCAGUUAGUGCUUAUUGCAGUUACAUUUCACUAUAGCUCAACUUCUAGGAAAAAUGAAAGUGUUUUGAUGAACAUAUGCGGCCAGAAUAAAAGCAUCGCUUUGUUAAAAUUAUCGUUUUGAGCAGCUGCAUUUCAUUUAUAAUAUUUUUUCAUUCAUUUGUGAGGCUUAAACAUACCCUUUUGACUUUUUUCUGUGAUUUACUCAUACUUUACACUUUGUUUGUUGUUUACAUGCCUCUCGAUGUUACUUUCAUCGAAAUAAUAACAUCUGUAAGUGUAUUGUGCCCUGUAUAUCUUUUUACCAGAUCUGACAAAACUGUCCAUGUUGCAGAUUACGAGAUAGAUAUGCUUGCAAUUGUAAGCGCUUGUAUAAUAUGUUUAAAUCAAAUCUCUGGCCGGUUUUAGUGCAUAAUAUGCUUAUAUGUGCAAGCCGUGAUCUGUUAAAAUUCCUAUUCAAUACUGCCGUAAUGAGCGUUGCCUUCAAGAUGCAAGUAAACCUCAAAUUUACACCAUUUCUUGGGCAGGCAGUACACAAUUCCAGGGUGGAGUCUAUCCCUCGAGUCAUUAAUUGUUCCUUAUAUGUUGUGCAUUUUAUUCUGGCUUGCGGAUAUUAUAUACAUGUACAUGUCUGUAUCAACACUUUGGCUCAACUAAAUGCUGCCAAAGAGGAUGCCGUUUCAUACUAAGUUCCAUGUUUUAAACUGCAUAUUGUGUAGACAAAUUAUACUGAUUUAAUCGUUAAUAAAAAUUUACUAAAAUAUAAA